UAUUUUAAAUGUAUUUAUGAUAAUUCGAAGACUAAGUGGUGCAAUGGUGGUGGUGUGAUAAUUGACAACUACUUCAGUGAGUCUAAAAAAUUUCCUCAUAAACAUGAUCGAAAUUUAAAGUUGGCUGACAACAUUAAAUUUUUUAAAACUCUAAGACAAAUUUCAUGUUUACCAUCUAUAAAACCGAAACAAGUUGUGAAAGCUUUACAACGAGAUGAACCUAAAGUAACAUCGUCUUUAUCAUUGUCUACUUUACGCAAGAGGGUGCAGCGAUCUAUUAAAAAAGAAAAUCCGGUCAAUACUAAUAUCAAGUUAGCAUCUAAAAAUUUGAUAGAAUUCGGAAAAAACAUGGAAAGUUCAGCCGAAGAACUAAAAUAUGGAUUGCGUAAAGAAAUGCAAUUAACAUCCAAGCUUUUAACGUUUCAAGUUCAAGGUAGCAAACGUGAAGUAAAGGAAGCUACUGCUGUUAUUAUAUACGAUGCAGAUUUCUUGGAAGAAAUUAGUCCUUUCGUAGAAGUUAUUUCAACUGACGCGACUUUUAACUCAUUUCCUGAUCUGCAUGUGCAUAAAGGGCAGUUUAUGACAAUUAUGGUUCAAUUACGAACUGAUAACGAUUGUCAAAAGGCCGUGAUCAAAAAUGCUCAGGAAAAAAAGUUGAUAGACAAGGAUAACUGUAAAGAAGAACGCCCAGAACUUUUCAUUUUCCUAAACCGGUUGAAACUUCUUGCUUUGUUACCAGCUGAAUUAAUAGAAAGUGUUUAUGAGAAAAUAAAAAAAGAAUGUUUGAACGAUUUUGGCGAUUGUUGCAGUGAUUACCUGAAUUAUUACGAAAAGCAGUGGUUGAAGCAAGAAGGGGCAGAGCAGAUUUCUGUUUAUAGACUACGUAAUCGAACUAAUAAUUUUUUAGAAAGCUAUCACAAGCAAUUAAAUGCUGUCUUACCAAAAAGGCCGAAACAUAAUGUAUUUGUUGGUAAGUACUUCAUUCUUUCGUAA